CACAGGUACAUACAGACACGCAUAAACACAGAUACAUCAUGUACAUACACAGAAAUACACAUGCACAGACACAUGUACAUACACACAGACACAUAUACAUACAUACACAGACACAUGUACGUACAUACACACAAACACACACAUACAUACAUGUACAUACACGCAGACACAUGUACAGAUACACAUAUGUACAUACACACAGACACAUGUACAUGCAUACACAGACACACACAAACACACACACAAUAUAAAAAGUUGCAGUACUUCGUUGUUCACUCACAGAGCCGGGUACUGCACUCUAGGGGGAGGCAGAGAGCACAGCACACACUCCUUGCUUUGCUUUCACUGCGCUCAGCUAUUAAG